UCUUUUUAGUUUUUCUUCAAUGUUGUUCAGUGAUGAUGUGUAAAUGAGCAAAAUUUCAGCUCAUAAUUAAAAAAAAAGAAAUCUUCAAAAAUAGUGAAAUUUGAGCUUAAUUAACAGGCCCGCAUAUUCGACGACGAAAAACAUGAACUACAACGCCAGUAGCGGUACUAGACAUCGUAAGUUUGAAGCUCCCGGCGGAGGACCAAAGAAGCCGAAACGUGUGAGUGAUGUAAACGCUAUGGGAGCACCAGCUGCAUCACCGGCUCAAUUCAAUGCAUUCGAACAAAAUGCUCCAAUGGCGAACAAUCCUUCAUAUGGCGUACCAACAUCUGCAUCAUCUCCGCAAUACAUGGCCCCCAAUGCCUACGGACCAGGCUUCAAUCAAUAUAACAACUUCCCGAAUGUACCACAAUCACAACAAAAUAUGCCAAUGAAUCAAACUGGAGCACAGCAGCCAAAUACAAAUUUUCCUCCUCAAUUUUCCGUUUUUCAACAACCAAUUGUGCAGGAUAUGGCACUGCAAUAUGGACAAAAGUUGGCUGAUCAGGGAAAAGAGAUAGUGCACACUCAUUUCGAAAAAUAUAUCCCAGUGACAAAAUUGAAAUACUAUUUUGCUGUAGACAACCGAUACGUGAUGAAUAAGCUACGACUAAUCUUCUUUCCCUUCACUCAAAGGGAUUGGUCUUUAAAAUACGAUCAUGACAAUCCAGUCCAGCCUCGUUACGAUAUAAAUGCACCGGAUUUGUACAUCCCAACAAUGGCUUAUAUUACUUAUGUGGUACUAGCCGGAAUGGUACUAGGUUUUCAAAAUCGCUUUUCUCCAGAACAGCUAGGAAUUCAGGCGUCAAGUGCACUUGCCUACAGCAUUUUCGAGCUUGUCAUCUAUACAUUAGCAUUAUACAUAGCCAACAUUCCUACGACGCUGAAAACCUUGGAUUUGUUGGCUCUCACUGGUUAUAAGUACGCUUCCAUUGUGUCGAUUUUACUAUGCAGUAUUUUCCUUCGGAAAGCAGGAUAUUAUAUUUCCUGGAUAUAUGCUAGUGCGUCGCUUGGAUUUUUCCUGCUUCGUACAUUAAAGGCAAAAGUUCUGUCGGAACCAGUGCAGGCACAGGAUCCACCAACCUAUGACCCCUACCGUCAGCAGCAGCAGCAAUUCGAACACACAGUUGGACGUAAACGGAAGUUAUACUUUCUGUUCCUGGUUACCGGUCUUCAGCCGGUGUUAGCUUUCUGGCUGUCAAUGCAUCUAAUUCCCAAUGAUCCUGGUGUUGCCGCAGUUCUGUAGAAUAUUUUGUGUUCUAGGGAUUUGGUAAAAACGACACAUGAAUGGAUUGAAUUCAAAUCUGCCAAAAAACAUUGCUUGAAAAAUUGAUAUUUAAUUUCUCUUUUAUAAAACAAUAAAUUAAACUGUUUUAGCCUGAUUCUUAUGAAAA